GCAAGCUAUACAAAAUGUGCCUUUGCCACUUAGAUUUCAUACAUUUCACGGAAAUAGAGUCUGGCGUUUUAAAAAGCCUCUAAAAGAUUCUCUAACUGACGUCACUCCUAUGUUUAUCUGAGUUUGGCAAAAUUCUAGAGCCACCCACAUGUUUGCAGACUGAGAACUAUCUCAUGCUCAGUCCUGAUAGCUUAGUUACCUCUUAUUCUCAUCGAGACAUCAAGCAUGGCAAACCUCGUCUACGUGGCUCUCUUGGUAGCAUCUGUCCUGUUCGCUAAUGUGAACGGGUACACGGGACAUGGACCGUGUCCAACGAAUCCGAACGGUGUGCACUACCAGCCGGGGGACAGUUGGGAGGAAGGCUGCCUAACAUGCAGCUGUUGGAACGGUGGAUUCGGCUGCGACAUGAAGUUUCCUACUUGUGAGUAUCCCGAAGGUUGCGUGAAGGUGUAUGAUGAUAACGGCUGUGAGCUGAUGGCCGUUGACCAAGCUAACGAGGUCUGCGACCCAAUAAUCUGCAUGAUUGCCGGGAAGUAAGCUUGUAGCAGCGCCGUUCAUCGCCACGGCUGUCCAACGAUGCAUUAAAGCACAUGUAUACCACA